AUGGAUAUAAUUAAACGUGCUGGUUAUAAAAUAUCUGCAUUAGAUAUUGAACGUAUUUUAUUAGAACAUAAAAAUAUAUCUGAAUGUUUAGUUAUUGGUAUUGAUGAUCCAACACUUGGUCAAAAAAUUCUUGCUAUUAUUGUACCAAAAUCAUUAAAUAAUACAAAUGAUUUAAUAAUUGAUACAGUACGACAAUAUUCAAAAGAAUAUUUAUCAAAUUAUUCAUUACCUGAUUCAAUCACUAUUUUUGAUCAUGUUCCACGAAAUGCUAUGGGAACAGUUAAUAAAAAAAGAAUUUGCACGUUUAUUAGUUUAACAUAUGUAUUCAGAUCAUCACUGUAUCAACGUGAAAAAAAACAACAAUACCAAACUACAUUUAUGACAUAA